UUAUCACCUCUGGUCUCUCUUCUUUCCCUCUUUUUAUCCUUCGCAACUACUUCACUACUUUUACUCUCUCUCUCUCUAGACUUCAUCUUUUUUUCUUUCUCAUCAUCUCCAGCUUUCUAUCACAAUCAUUUUCAGUGGUGGGUUGUCUUAGAUACCCCAGGUUUCAGCAGAGAGAAGUGGCAAAGAACUGAAGUUAGAAUUUGUAAAAUCAUGGCUGAAGCUCCAAAAGUUGAAGAAGCAAUAAGUCAUCAUGAACCCAUGGAUCAACUUCAAGGGUUUGAAUAUUGCAUUGAUUCAAAUCCUUCAUGGGGAGAAGCAAUUGCUUUAGGAUUCCAACACUAUAUAUUAGCUUUAGGAACUGCAGUUAUGAUUCCAACUCUUCUUGUUCCAGCAAUGGGAGGAUCAGAUGGUGAUAAAGUGAGGGUAUUUCAAACAUUACUAUUUGUUGGAGGAAUUAAUACUUUGAUACAAACAUUAUUUGGGACAAGAUUACCUACUGUCAUGGGAGGUUCUUAUGCAUUUGUAGUACCAAUCAUGUCUAUUAUCAAUGAUUCCAAUUUGAGACAAAUUGUUGAUCCUCAACAGAGAUUUCUGGCAACAAUGAGAGCAAUUCAGGGUGCUAUGAUAGUAGCAUCAAGUAUUCAAAUCAUUCUUGGUUACAGUCAGUUAUGGGGGAUUUGUUCUAGGUUUUUCAGUCCACUUGGAAUGGUUCCAGUAAUUUCAUUAGUGGGUUUUGGCUUAUUUGACAAAGGCUUCCCACUGAUUGGAGGGUGUGUAGAGAUUGGGGUUCCAAUGCUCAUUUUGUUUGUUGGUUUAUCGCAGUACUUAAAGAACUUGCAGGCAAGACACCUGCCCAUUAUGGAGCGUUUCUCCCUCAUUCUGUCAAUCGCAAUUAUAUGGGCUUAUGCACAAUUGUUGACCGCAAGUGGAGCAUACAAACACCGUCCACACUUGACACAAGUUCACUGCAGAACUGACAUGGAAAAUCUCAUUUCCGCUGCCCCAUGGAUCAAAAUCCCAUAUCCGCUUCAAUGGGGUGCACCUACAUUUGAUGCCGGUCAUGCAUUUGGGAUGAUGGCUGCUGUAUUUGUAUCUUUGAUAGAGUCAACUGGAGCCUACAAGGCUGCCUCCAGGCUAGCAAGUGCUACACCUCCUCCAGCUUAUGUUCUUAGCCGUGGGAUCGGGUGGCAGGGAAUUGGAAUUCUAUUGGAUGGGCUUUUUGGAACCGGAACUGGUUCUACCGUGUCUAUUGAAAAUGUGGGUCUUCUGGGAGCUACACGAGUAGGGAGUCGAAGAGUUAUUCAAAUUGCAGCUGGUUUCAUGAUAUUCUUCUCAAUCUUGGGGAAAUUUGGUGCACUAUUCGCGUCAAUUCCAUUCACCAUUUUUGCUGCCAUCUACUGUGUAUUGUUUGGACUUGUCGCAUCAGUUGGGCUGUCAUUUUUGCAGUUCACUAACAUGAACUCAAUGAGAAACUUGUUCAUAGUAGGCGUGUCACUCUUCCUUGGUCUAUCUGUUCCAGAGUACUUCCGCGAAUUCACUGCCCAGGCUAAUCAUGGCCCUUCCCACACUGGGGCUGGAUGGUUUAACGACAUCAUCAAUACCAUCUUUUCUUCAUCCCCGACUGUCGCUCUGAUGGUAGCUGUUUUCCUCGACAAUACACUCGAUUAUAAGGAUGCUGCAAGAGACAGAGGAAUGCCAUGGUGGGUAAAAUUCCGAACAUUUAAAGGGGAUAGCAGGAAUGAGGAAUUUUACACUCUACCGUUCAACCUCAACCGUUUCUUCCCUCCGGCAUGAUUCAUGCCAUGCAAGAAGAAUGAAUUGAGAAAAAGGUGAAACUAAUUUCGCUAGAUAGUAAAAAGAGGAUAUCAAUGAUCACUGACGUCUCAAUGGAAAAGAUUAUGAAGGCAUAAUUUUGUAUGUUCUUAGGCCAAAAGUAGCAUAGCUGCUUUAAUUUUUGCACUGAUUUUUAUUUAUUGUAUAUCAGUGUGGUUUAAUCCAAUAAAACGGUUAUUUAUUUCUU